CCUUGCUUGUUGUGAGUAGUUAUGGUCGACAUGAUGGGAACACAACUGUUUAUUCCUUGAAUAUUAUUGUCGUUACAAUAUUGGAAAAACGACGCCAGAAGAUCUCUGCAAUUUUAAACUGUUUUUGUGACUCAAGGUUCUAAAGUAUGAGAACAAUUUGUUGUCCGGAUUACGGCGUUGGUGGAGCUUAACUCGUCACAGGAAGUGAACGAAAAAUUAUUUGCCUCUGAAAGUUUGUUGCCUUGGAUGUGUGAAGUUUUACAGCGGCACUAGACAUUUGGAUCAUUGUUGAUCAAGAUGGCUUAUGGCUUAGACGAUAUCGACUUGACAACGUUAAAGGAACCUGCAGGAAUAUUUGACCUAGUCGAAGUUGUAGGCAAUGGAACGUAUGGUCAGGUCCACAAGGGCCGCCACAAGAGAACAGGACAACUUGCAGCUAUUAAGAUUAUGGAUGUUACAGAGGAUGAGGAAGAAGAAAUAAAGCUGGAGAUAAAUGUCCUUAAAAAGUUUUCUAAUCAUAGAAAUAUUGCAACCUACUAUGGUGCAUUUAUUAAAAAAGCUUUACAAGGACAAGAAGACCAGCUAUGGCUUGUUAUGGAAUUCUGUGGUGCUGGGUCUGUAACAGAUCUUGUUAAAACUGCAAGAAACAAGACGUUAAAAGAGGAAUGGAUAUCUUACAUCUGUAGGGAAGUCUUGAAUGGAGUUAGUCAUCUUCAUUUGAAUCAUGUGAUUCACAGAGACAUAAAAGGACAAAAUGUUCUGCUAACGGACAGCGCUGAAGUUAAAUUAGUGGAUUUUGGUGUCAGUGCUCAGCUAGAUAGGACUAUUGGUAGAAGAAAUACAUUUAUUGGUACUCCAUAUUGGAUGGCACCAGAGGUGAUAGCAUGCGAUGAGCAGCCAGAUGCUACCUAUGACAAUAGGUGUGAUAUGUGGUCUAUAGGCAUUACAGCAAUUGAAAUGGCAGAAUCUCAACCACCAUUAUGUGACAUGCAUCCAAUGAGAGCUCUGUUCCUGAUCCCAAGAAGUGAACCUCCAAGAUUGAAAUCUAAAAAAUCUUGGUCAAAGAGAUUCCAUAACUUUGUUAACACUUGUUUGAUAAAGGACUACCAACACAGGCCAACAGCUGAUCAGCUAUUGCAGCAUGAGUUUAUCAGAGAUCCUCGAGCAAAUGAAAGGAAGAUCAGAAUAGAACUGAAAGAUUUCGUAGACAGAAUGAGAAAAAAGAAAGGUGGUUAUUCAGAACAUGAUGGUCCUGAUUAUCAGUUCUCUGGCAGUGAAGAUGAAGACGAACAACUAUUAGCUGUAAUGAUUGCUGAAGAUAUGGUAGGAAGUUCGGACAAUCCUCGUUCAACAUUAAGAAGGAAUUUAACACUGAUGCAAGGUGGAACAUAUAAAGCCAACCAUCCACAUGAAACACCUUAUCGAAGUAACAGCGUUAGCAGUCCUGAGAGACGUCAAGCACCAGCAGCAUAUGGAGUCGGUACUGGUGUCUAUGACAACGAGAUGCACCCUGCUUAUAGUAUGGAGACUAAUCAAGAGGGUUUUGCUAUGGGACACGCAGAAAAUAACGUCCCAGCAGCACAACCCAACAGACCAGGGUCAUUGUCCAUAGAUGGAGUUGAUGAACGUACAUUAACAAGACACAACCACGACACUGCCCGAGAAGAAGCAGAAGCAGUAGRAGAAGAACACGAAGAAUACGGCACACUGAGACUAGACGACGAAGACAACCAGUCAGAUUCCAGUUCAUCGACCGCCAGUCUGACAGAAUCAGAAAGUCCUACCAGAGGUAGCAACCUGCCUGAUGUUUUACCAGCUACAAGUCAACCCCCUCAGUCACCUCCAUCAUCGCGUUCUCCAGGCCAGCAGUCAUCAGACGAGUCCAUAGCUUCAUCUUUUGCCGCCGUGCAAGAACCAGCUAAAGAAAAGAAAAUGGUUAAGCAACGAAGUUUUGGUUUUGGUCGCCAGUCCCAGGCUCCCUCUGAGGUGUCAGUUAAUCUUGACCCCGARAGAACAUCGAUUGCAAGUCAAGAAGAUUUUGCGAUGCCUCAAAUACGRAAGUACAAGUACAAGUUUAGAACAGAAGUAUUAUGCGGUGCUUUGUGGGGGGUGAAUCUUCUUAUUGGCACAGAAACAGGACUAUAUUUACUUGACAGAAGUGGAAAUGGCAAAGUAUUCCAGUUGAUAUCAAGGAGACGAUUCCAACAGAUCGAUGUUCUUGAGGGCAUAAAUGUUCUCAUUACGAUUAGCGGAAAGCGAAACAAGUUAAGAGUGUACUACUUGUCCUGGCUUAAAGCCAAAAUAUUAAAGGGGGAAGAGGGUAAUCAUCGUGGWCAGCGGGGCUACACAGUUGUGGGUGAUAUUGAGGGAUGUAUCCACUAUAAAGUUGUGAAUUUUCAUCGAAUCAAGUUCCUUGCAUUUGCCACCCAGUCUAGUAUUGAAGUGUAUGCAUGGGCACCCAAACCUUACCAUAAGUUUAUGGCUUUCAAGUCGUUCCCCGAGUUAAAACAUCAGCCAGUUCUGUUAAACAUGACGAUAGAGAAGGAGAACAGUAAACUCAAAGUCUGUUACGCAUCUAAAGUAGGUUUCCAUGCUGUAGACUUGGACUCCGCUACCGUCAUCGAUUUGUACAUCCCCACUAAGUUACAAGAACCAUUCCAUCCUCAUUCUAUCGUAACACUUCCAAAUUCAAGUGGCAAGGAACUUUUGUUGUGUUACAAUACUGAGGGAGUAUAUGUAGAUACUGAUGGUCAACUAGUGAGACACGCUACCAUGCAAUGGGGAGAGACGCCGUACGCAAUAGCAAGUAUUGGUAGCUGUCAGAUAAUGGGGUGGGGCGAGAAGGCCAUUGAAGUACGAUCCGUAGAGACAGGGUUGUUGGAUGGAGUCUUCAUGCACAAAAGAGCCCAGACGUUUAGAUUCCUCUGUGAAAGAAACGAAAAGGUGUUCUUCGCCUCUCGAUCRACUUCCAGUGGCCAGAUUUACUUCCUGACAUUGAGUAAAUCCUUCAAGAACUUUGGCUAUUGAGAUGACCGCGAACAUUCUUUAACGUUCUUCUUUUCGCAUGAAAAAGAAUAACUGUGAUAUUGUGUCCAUAUCACGGUACAAUUGGCGAUAUGUUGCUGGACAAAUUUUGAAUCGAUCUAUCUUUUAUCUGAUAUAGAACUGUAUGAUAAAUAUAACGUGGGGCUUUUCUAAGAUAACGAUCGCAUUGCAUUCUGGACUAGAUUUAGGAGCAAACUGAUGUCCUUUGUGCAAGUAACUGCUUUUAGGCCAGACCAUAAUAUACCUUGGUUGACUAGCCCGGCCUUCCAAUAUUAUAUUAUUGUAGAAGAUAUUUUAUGUAGAGGAAUCGCUUAUUGUUGGCAUUGCAGURCAUUUUGGGACUGUUUGGGGAACAUAUUUCCAAGAGGGCGUCUAUUUCGUGCCCUUGACAUAAUCCCACAAUGCACUGCAAUGUCAACUUCACCCAGUUUUUUCCUUAACCUCGGAUUGGCUGAUAUUUAGCACCACUGACCAUGGACUAGUGCUUAUGACACGAUAGUCAAGCGAUUGAUAUUUUGUGUUAUUAUGGCCAACGGAAGCUCUUUCAARUUCAGGAGGGGUAUUCCACUUGCCAAGGUAGAUAAGAAGUAUCUUGAUAUGUAAAGUCUAGAUCGCUGUGCCUUGCAAAGGAGGCAGAAAUCUGUAAAAAAGGGUGUGUUGAAUUACUUUUUAACCAUUGAAUAUGAACUAAAGCAUUAAAUAUUUGAAAACUGCUGUCAGGAUUAACAAUACAAAUACUGUAAAAUGCAGACUGUCAUAUUCCCCGCUUGUUUACCUAACUUAGUGAACAACAUUUGUAAGUCAAAGACAAACCUUUUCAGUUCAGUAUAAUAAUAACUACAGAAGUAUUAAACAGCA